UCUUUGAAAGUAGCUUCAGAUUGUCCUCUGUCGAAGUGUCGGGCACAAUAAUGCUUUUCCGCUCAAUCGUGAACAGAGGAGUGGGCAGACGAAGACUUAACGGCCUCCCUGUGGACCCCCGGCCUAGGUACCCUCUGAGCUCUCUGCUGGGAGGCUUCGAGUGUGUCCGGCAUGAUGAACACAUCUCCUAUGGCAAUGUGGGGGACUCUGUGCCGCCAUUUGGGUUGGCCUUCUCCUCUGUGGUGCACAUGCAGAGCAUCCUUGCAGUAGCUAAUGAAGAAGGCAUUGUUAGAAUCUACAACACAGAGAGCCGUGAUAAGCCGGUUCUCAAAGAAUGGCUGGCUCAUGAGAAUGCUGUCUUUGACAUAGCCUGGGUACCGGGGGAGCCUCACUUGGUGACUGCUGCUGGUGAUCAGAUGGCCAGGCUGUGGGACGUGAACUCUGGGGAGCUGUUGGGCAGCUUCAAGGGUCACCUCUGUAGCCUCAAGUCUGUUGCAUUCACACCCUGGGAGAAAGCUGUGUUCUCAACUGGAGCCCGAGAUGGAAAUAUUAUGAUCUGGGACACCAGAUGCAGCAAAAAAGAUGGUUUCUACAGACAGGUGAACCAGAUCAGUGGCGCUCAUAACAAAGCAGAGACGAACGCUCCCACCAAAACAAAGAAGAGGCGCGGUAGCACACGUGGCAUGGCCCCCAGUGUGGAUACCCAGCAGAGUGUCACAGUGGUUUUGUUUCGGGAUCAGCACACCCUCAUCUCUUCUGGGGCUGUUGAUGGAGUGAUCAAGAUGUGGGAUCUGAGGAAGAACUACACUGCGCUCCGUCAGGAUCCUGUUCCACUGCAGACGUACCCAUACCCGGGUUCUUGCAUGCGCGUGCGUCUGGGUUAUUCCGGACUAGUUCUCGACUCCACAAGAUCCAACAUCAUAAGUAACUGUACUGAUGAUAAUAUCUACAUGUUCAAUGUCAGUGGAAUGAAAACAACUCCAGUGGCUGUUUUCAGCGGCCACCAGAAUUCCUCAUUUUAUGUGAAGUCCACUAUUAGCCCAGAUGACCAGUUCUUGGCCAGUGGUUCAAGUGACAAUAACGCAUACGUCUGGAAGAUCUCUGAUCCUAAACACCCUCCCAUGAUGCUCCAAGGCCACAGCGAGGAAGUGACAUCUGUUUCCUGGUGCCCGACUGAUUUUACGAAGAUUGCCUCCUGUUCUGAUGACCACACUGUACGGAUCUGGAGGCUUCACCGGGAAAUGGAUGGAGCACAAUCCUCAGUGGGAGAGGCCAACCUUGUAGGUUGGGCACGUCCUAAAUCUCUCUUAAGGCCUUCUAUCAGAGCUGAAACAACUCCUGCCAAGAAGCAAAGGACAGAGAGUCUCGGAGGCUUGGCGUCACCCCAGCUGGCUGCCUGUGCUCCCAGUGGAGCGGCCUUGCCUCUGCCCUCCAGCACCACCUCAUCCAUCCCUUCGCAGGGUGCUACUACGGCUGCUGCGAUUCGCCAGAGAACACCCUCUUCUAUCAAACAGUGGUUAUCCCUGAGCUGUGGAUCUCCUGGUCAGGUCAGCCCUCUGGCCUGUCGGGUGCUGAGUCCGUGUCCCCAGAGCCCGGCGAGCAGCACCUCUCCCACAGAACGACGGGCCAAACGCAGGCUGGAGACCGGUGCCGGUGCAUCUGCAGGCUGUGAAGGGGCCGAACAGUGUGACUGUGUUACUGAACUCUACCCUGCAGGCAAGAGAAGCCGGGCCCUGUCUGGGAUCUGCUGCCCUGCUCAAGAGAGCCGGCUACAAACAGACGGUCACACAGAGGACAACAAGCAAGUCUCAUCAAGACAGACGGGCAAGGAGAAUUACUCUCCCACAGAGAAGGACUGGUUGUCAGCGAUGGGCCAAAAGAUGAGGAAAGGUCAAGGAAGCCCUCGUACUUCCAGAAGCCCCAGCACCUCUAAGAAACAAGAUCGCAAGACAGUAGCUUCACCGACCAUCUGCUCACCACAAACCAUGAAGAAAAUCUCUGUGUAUUUCACAAGAAGGGCUCUGGAGUGACACUUGUACCAGUUAGAUGCUCUGUGCUUCUGCUUGAAAUUAUAGAUUUUUUGUUGUUGAAAACUUACUAUUUUAACCAGAACUGACAGACAAUAAUAUUGCCUCUGAGAACACUGAGCUCAAUCCAGAUAACAUUAAUGCAUGGACCUGGGCUGCAUUGAUUAAGAGUCAUUCUGAAUAUUUUAUUCUGCAGUUUUCAGUAUAACCAAGAGGCUAUUUAAUAUUUUAGUUGGGCCAUAGGUUUUGCAGUUGCCUGUUACACAAUGUUCAAAAGUUGUAUGUUGCUGAUUACAUUUUUUAUUUUACUGAAAGAUUAGUGUUUAAUAUAAGAACAGGCAUUUAAUGAAGUACGUCAGGUGGUCAACAAGGUAUUAAUCCUCAAUUGCAGAGAAAAAUUUGUUCUGCUGAUGUAAAUAUUUUAAAUUCUUCUUAAAAAAAUACAUUUUAUGAAAGUUUUAUGAACUUCACGAAGUGUAUUUAUUCACGAGAUUUUUGACUUUUCUUUACAUUUACCCAUACCAAAAUAUGCAAAAUGUUAUUUCUUGAACUAAUUCUUCAGUUGUUUAGAUUUACAAAAUAACCAAUAAUUGUUGUUUGGUUCAUUUGUAUUGAAUGGCUAAUUUUCUUUUGUCAGAUUUUAUUAAAUUGAAAAUAGUUUGUUCAACAUGUAUGGUAUUGGUUGCAUUUGAUCAGUGGGAUGAAUGUGAUAUGGGGUGCUUGGUGAGACA